AUGGUGCGCAUCGCUGCCUUGCUGCCGCUGUGGGCCCUCGGCGCCGCCGGGCACGGCGAGGCCAAGUGCCGCGCGGACACGGGUGGCACUUGCAAACUCUUCGGUUGCCGCACGUCGCGCCGCGGCGCCGAGUGCGACACGGCCACGUCCAAGUGCGUGUGCCCGGAGGGGACGUGCUCGUCGGAGGAGGGCAUCUGCGUGCCGCAGCAGGCGGUCUGCAGCGCGGACACGGGCGGCACCUGCAGGGCGUUCGGCUGCGACGACUGGCGCCGCGGCGCCAAGUGCAACACGACCGCGGGCUACAAGUGCCUGUGCCCGCACGGGAUGUGCUCGUCGAUGGACGGCAGCUGCGUGGGUGGGAAAACGAGAGAGGCCGCGAGCCAGAAGAGGCUGCUCACGGGCGACACGUGCAACAUGUUCUUCGGAGUGACCAUGCUCGGCUGCCCCUCCGAGGCCGAGGUGGGGCCCACCGAGUGUGUGGCCGGGAAGUGCAUCUGCAAGGAGGGGCUCUACUACUUCUGCCACCUCAAGAGCGAUAACAGAACCUGGUCUGGUUGCAGCAAGGAGUGCAGGUGCCAGAAGAGCCGCCCAGCAGACAGUUGCACACGGACAGCCCCAACGACAUCCGCGCCCGCCGCGUCCCUACAGGUUUGA